AUGAUGAUGAUGGUCGCUCAUUUUCUCCCCGCGCAGAUCCCAUCGCGAUCCAACUCCCUGACUACCGACCAACCAUUCGAUCUCCCACGGCCUCUCUGGGUUUCCGCUCUCACCCGUGUUGGAUCGGCACAACGGCGAACGGUGCACCCGAAAGCGACCGUCAAAGAGCGAUCGUCCCCCAAAGCAAAGCCUUCGAGCCGUCGCACCACCCUCAUCAGAAAGCUGGCUGGUCCACGGGAAAACGCGAAGCGGUUUCUUCGCCUACGCUCCGCGGGAGUCAAUACACCCACGCCAACGUCAACGCCGGCGCCUCCGCCAGCGCCACAACCCCGUCUGAAUCCCCGCCGAACCGGACCCCGCCCGGUGUCGGAAGUGAUUCUGCCCUCACCACGCUCGAGGGAAGCUCCGCGGUUUUACGAAGAAGGCGAUAUGCGCCCCGAUCCUACACCCAUGACGGGGGAUCUCCUAUCGCGAGCGCUUCCGGAGCGCACAGCUGCCCCCUUAGAGAGCACAGCACCGUUUGUGCCACUUCCCAACGAAAAGAUCGUCGCCACAGGGAGCGGUCUCACGGUGGGCAUCAGCCUGACGGAGCCGGUUCUCUAUCUCCAGGGCUAUGACCAACAUGAUCCCACUACUAAAAAGUCGGCCAUCCUCCGAGGCCAACUGCACUUGAAAGUGACCAAAUGUGUGAAGAUCAAGAAGAUCUCGAUUUGCUUCCGGGGUCAUGCGCAGACAGACUGGCCAGAUGGUCCCGCUAACACGAGCACAACAGGCAUCCCCCCGAAGAAAAUCCAUUUCCACGAUAAGAAGGACCUGUUCACCCACGGCGUGGUCUAUUUCAACCAUGGCGACACGGCACUGAUGCAGAACGACUACGGUGCGCACUUUUACCAACACGCGAAGCUCGGAUCUCCCACGCCCGGGAAAGAAGGAGUGCACGCCACGACACGGGAAUUAUUAUCCAAGAGUGGAUCGAACACGUCGCUGAGUCUGCUGACCGCGAAAGAUGCCAUGCGACUCUCCAUUCAGAGCAGCCGGGGUCAUUCACGAAGCUUCAGCCGAAACGAGGCACCAGUCACCUCUCAAACGCCCCCGCAGCGUAACUACCGCAUGUUCCCCGUGGGUGAUUAUCUGUACAGCUUUGAGUUCCCCAUCGACGGCUCACUGCCGGAAACCAUCAAGACUGAUUUGGGCUUUGUGCGCUAUGACCUGGAGGCCAUUGUCGAGCGGUCAGGCGCGUUUCGGCCCAACUUGUUUGGAUCGCUGGAGAUCCCCGUCAUUCGCACCCCGGCAGAAGGCUCGCUUGAGCAAGUUGAACCCAUCGCGAUUUCGCGCAAUUGGGAGGAUCAGCUGCACUAUGAUAUCGUCAUCUCCGGCAAAUCGUUCCCGCUGGGCUCGCAGAUUCCCAUUGCGUUCAAAUUGACCCCCUUAGCCAAAGUCGAAUGUCACCGCAUCAAGGUUUACGUGACGGAGAAUGUCCAACACUGGACGGCCGACAAGACAGUACAUCGGCUGCAGCCAGCAAAGAAAGUACUUUUAUUUGAAAAGCGUGCCGAGUCGGUGAGUACGAGUACCUACCCGGGCAGCUCCAUGCGGGUGACUGCGGGAGGCGGCAUCGAUUGGGAUCACCGUGAAGCCGCCGCACGUGGCGAAGAGAUCGUGGAUCGGGGUCGAACCAAUUUACUGGGCAACUUGAACUCCGAGGUUGGUGUGGGACCCACGGAAAUGGAGUUUAACGUGCAGCUGCCCAGUUGUCACGAAAUGAGAGGCCGUGACGAAUCGCAGCGUCUGCACUUUGAUACGACGUAUGAAAAUAUCCAGAUCAAUCACUGGAUCAAGAUUGUCCUGCGUUUGUCCAAAGUGGAUGAGCGUGACCCCGGCAAGCGUAGACAUUUUGAAAUCUCCAUCGACUCGCCCUUCCACAUCCUCUCCUGCAAAGCCACGCAGAACAACAUCUUCCUUCCAGCCUACACCCGUCCAGCAGCGGACCCAGCGCCGCAGGCGCAGGAAUACGAGUGUGGAUGUCCUGGUGCGCCACCGACAACGCGUGAAACCAACUACAUUCAGACCAUAUCGGAUCGCGAAGACUCCGCCUCGAGUCUCCAGCGGCCGAAUUCCAUUCCACCCGUGUCGCGCAGCUUCACCAAUGGCUCCGGUGGUCUUGCUCGUCCUCCUCAAGCUCACCUUGCCCAUCAACCCAGCGUUGAUCGGGAAGCGCCCCGUCCCAUGCAUCUCGUGCGCGCCCCGUCCUUUGCACCCCCGGCCUUUGAGGAUGUCCCACCACCUCCACCGUUAGUGACUCCGCCCCCGGAGUACACUAGCAUUGUGGGCGACAACGACCGCGAAGCGGUGCUUGAGGAUUAUUUUGCACGCUUGUCCUACUACGAAGAUCAGGAUGACGAUCGGGGUCUGGGACGCGUCGAUGUCCCCCUCACUCCGGGGAGACGAGUCAACCGCAGCAUGGAUGUUCCGCGCGAGUGGGUGCGUCUCGAGGAUUUCUCAGCACCGUCAUAG